AAAUAUAUUAUCACGCUCAAGUCUAUAUAAUUAUCGUUUUGGAAUUAAAAUUAAAUAGUACGUUCUUUUACUUUAGUCUAUAUUAAAUUCGUGUUUAUAACAUAUUCGAAAAAAUCACUAUUUUUUUUCUUCAGAAAAACUAGCUGAAGUUUGUUUGGACAUUUUGAACCUGUUAUUUGGUACGAGUAAAAACAGUUAAAAGUACAGCAGUGCAUCAAGAAAUAUAUGAGUAUUGCAUUAAUUAUAUUGUGAUAAAAUGUCACAAAUAUCUUAUGCAGCCGCACUCUCUAAAAAUAUUGUGAAAACUCCUGUGGAUCUUAAAAAAAUGCCAGCUGAAAAGAUAUUGUUUGUGAUUGAUGCAUAUACGUUGACCCAAAUGGAUAUUAAUUUUGGUCCAUCAAGUAUUGAUGCUAUAUCAAGCUUAAAAAUUAUUGAACGGGCCUACAAAUACUUCGCUUUGAUGAAAAAUCGUUAUCAAAGUAACCAAUUUGCCAUUUGUUUGUUAACACCACUUUCAUAUAAUAUGGUACUGGACUUUACUUCAGACAUAAAAGUUAUAAUAAAAGAACUUACAUUAUUAUCAAACUCAUUAUUCAUAAAUGAAGAUGUUGCGGCUUACGAUUUUGGACCGUUUUUAACUUUUGUUGCAAAGUUAAGAACUUCACACAAAGAUUCUGUUUUUAGAGUUUUAAUGUCAUACAAUAGAGACGACUGUUUACCUAUCAUAGAUGUGUUAGAUGAAAACACAUUUAGUACUUUUUGUUCACCAAAUUUUUUUUUUGAUAUAAUUUACAUAUGUGGUAAUAAUAUUAAAAUAGAUGAAAUGGCUCAAACUAUAUAUGGAAAACUAGCAGUACUAUGCAAUCCAUUGUCUUAUAAAGUUUGUGUUCAACGUAAGCCAAUGGCUAUAAUGAAUGGUCUUUCAUCCCUCUUACCACAUCCACACGUUCGAGUACUUCAUUCUUCAUAAAAUGUAUGUUAUAUUUAAAGUUCACCACUAUUUGUCUGAAAUCGAUAUUUAAAAAAAUAAUGAAUGUUUAACAUAAUCUUGUAAAUUUGUUUUUAUUCUUCAAUUUGUAUAUGUUAAAUUGUUAAAUACAUAUUAACUAUAUCGUAUAUUAUAAUAAAUUAUAUAACACUAAGAA